UUGACCCCCACCCCCACAAACCCUGUUUGACCGCGAAUCGAUUUAUAAACCCUUUUUGCCCUUUUUGUUUGCUUCACAGCUGCAGCAGCAAAAUUUGCAGAAUCCCGGAAUUUUCAGACAAAUCCAGCUUUCGUCAAACACAUUACACACAUGUAUACACAAUUGAAUAAAUAAAUUGCAUAUAUAGAGCUGUAGAAAGGCUGAAAGAGGAAAUAUACGAGAGAUGGAGCACAAGGGGCACAACGAACAAGAGGACGAUGUGUACGGCGGUGAUGUACCUGAUGAAGCAUACAUGGAUGCCGAUUAUGACGCUGAAGUCGAGGCCGAUGCGGAUGAUAGCUUGAAAGCUAAGGAAUUGGAAAGUAUGAAGAAGAGGUUGCAGGAGAUUGAGGAAGAAGCUGGCGCGCUUCGAGAAAUGCAGGCCAAGGUGGAGAAAGAGAUGGGUGCUGCUCAAGAAGAUUUACCUGGUGACUCUGCUACUCAGGCAGAAAAGGAGGAGGUGGAUUCCCGUUCAAUAUAUGUUGGUAAUGUGGACUAUGGCUGCACACCUGAGGAGGUGCAACAGCAUUUUCAGUCAUGUGGUACAGUAAAUAGGGUGACUAUUUUGACUGAUAAGUUUGGCCAGCCGAAAGGUUUUGCUUACGUAGAGUUUGUUGAAACUGAGGCUGUGCAAAACGCUGUACUUCUAAAUGAAUCUGAGUUGCAUGGCCGUCAGCUGAAGGUAUCUGCUAAGCGUACUAAUGUUCCUGGGAUGAAACAAUAUCGAGGAAGACGUCCAAACCCUUAUUUCGGAUCGAGAAGGCUGUUCAUGCCCUUUUCACCUGUCUACCCUCCCUAUGGUUAUGGGAGGGUUCCAAGGUUUAGGCGUCCCAUGCGCUACAGGCCAUAUUGAUGCACCUUGAUCAUCUUCUGUUGGUGUGCUAGAGAUAUUGGAGGGUCGAUUGUGAAUCAACUCUUUUCCCCAUAAUUGCCGUACACUCAUACCUCCAUAUUUAUUGUUUUAGGGAUUAUUUUGGUGAUAACUUUUACCGUUACAUGCAACCCAUAAAGCCAUAAAUUAGAUUCUCAAACUUUGUAACUUUAUUUCGGUAUGUUAACAGCAGCAGUUUAUACAACUUAAAUUUGAACUCAUCUGGUUUUUCU